AUGAGCCUCAAGGACACCUAUGACUUUCCUGGAGAAGCCUGCGACCAAGGACAGGGUCAUUGUGAAAGUGCUCAAGGCCCAAGGGCCAUCUCCUUUGCUAAGACCAACAUCCCACAGACGCUGAUCAGGUCUCUGAAGCGGGCUGGCUGGGGUCUGGGGCUGGGCUUCGAAUGCAGCAACCCCACCUAUGGCCAGACCUUGAACCCACUGAACUUAAAGAAGACAAGUGGUGGCUCCUCAGCGGGUGAGGCAGUUCUGCUGGCAGAAAGUGGGUCCAUCCUAGGCAUGGGUACUGACACAGGCGGCAGCAUCCGCAUACCAGCCAGCUUCUGUGGUGUCCACGGCCUCCGCACCACGGGCUCCCGCCUCAGGCACUCAUUGAUGGUGGUGGUGGGCUACACUGGAGUUGCCUCUGCCAUCAAGGGGAAGAAAUCGGUGAGCACGGUAGCUGGCCCCAUGGCCCGGGAUGUGGAAAGCCUGGCGCUGUGCCUGCGAGCCCUGCUGAGUGAAGACAUGCACCGACUGGACCCCACUGUGCCCCGGAUGCCCUUUAGGGAGGAGGUUUACACCAGUAACCAGCCCCUUCGAAUAGGCUACUAUGAAUCAGAUGGUUACACGCAGCCUUCGCCUAGCAUGGCCAGGGCUGUGCAGCUCACCUGCUGGCUACUCCAGGAUGCAGGACACCAGGUCAUCCCCUUCUCUGUUCCCCGGACAGCGUAUGCCAUCAAACACUUGCUCGUAGGGGGGCUGUUUGCUGAUGGAGGGGCCACUUUUCUGGAGAAACUAGAGGGGGACAUUGUGGAUCCCACCAUCAAGGGCCUAGUCAAACUGCUCCGCCUGCCAGACCCCAUCAAGGGUUUCUUGUCUUGGAUCCUGAAGUACAUAUAUCCCCGAACUAGCCAGCAAUUUGAAGAGCUUCGUGGAGUGGGGACACCCAAGAAACUGUGGGAGCAGCACACAGCAGUGGAGGAAUAUCAGCAAGAGUUCAUAGCCAAGUGGAGGUCCCUGGACUUGGAUGUGCUGCUGGCGCCAGCUUUAGCCCCUGCCUUAUGUGCAGGUUGUUUCCCUAAAUCGUCAGAAUGCCAGUCCUACUCGAGCCUGUACAACGUCCUGGACUUUCCCGUAGGCGUAGUGCCUGUUGCUACUGUGACACCACAGGACGAGGAGGAACUGGUCUUCUACAAGGGGUAUUACGGAGACAGUUCUGACAAACAUUUCCCAGAGGUGGUGAGUGGAUCCGUGGGACUUCCGGUGGCUGCGCAGUGCAUUGCUUUGCCAUGGGAAGAUGAGCUGUGUCUCUGGUUCAUGAAGGAGGUAGACACCUUGGUCAAGAACCAGAGGGGGCCCAAGUGACAGGCUCCUGGAAUGGAGUAACAGCUCAAGAAACAUGGGGCUGGUUGUGGUGGCUCAUACCUAUAAUCCCAGCACUUCUGGAGGCAGAGGCUGGCAGACUGCUUGAGGCCACGAGUUUGAGACCAACCUGGGCAACAUAGCGAGACCUUGUUUCUAAAAUAGUUUCUUGGUGUUAUUCUUGUAGACCUUCCUAGAUCCUUACCCAAGUGUGCCCCUGAUGACCCUUCCUUCUCAUGAAUACCAUGUCCACCUAUGUCUCCUCCUUCUGGAACCCCACCAGGUUCCUUUUCUUUGUGGUCCCUCUGUGUGGGUGCUCAGUACUCCUCAGAUGGGCCCAAGAUGGGGAGCAGGGUGAGGAGCUCAAUAAACAUUUUCUGACUGG